AUGCUUGAUUAUAAUGAGGGCCUUGAGCUAAUAGAUGAUACUUAUCGGUCCAGAAAUAACGAAUUCGACAUCAAUAGCCAAGACCUCUACCUUACUUCGAGGAAAUUAACUACAGAUGAUGAUGAUUUAUACUAAGAAGAGUAGGAAGGCGAUUAUGACUCUUAUUGUGAAGAGGAAGAUUGCAAUAAUAACACUAUUUUUGAGGAAGUUGAUUCUUCUAAAGCAUAGUUGAUUCAUAAGGAUUACGGAUAUACAAUGUAUGCUUAAUUUAGAUAGGCUAAUCAAAAUGACUUGAUUGGAGCUCCAGUUAUUGUAUCGAGUUAUGCUUCAGGUAUUAAGAGGUUUUUAAAUGAAUCAUUUAAGAUACAUUAGACCUAGAUUAAAAAGGUUUUUGAAAAUAAACAGGAUCAUAAAAAUAACAAGAAUAGAAUAAAAACAGCCCUUAUUCAAGACAAGUUUACAGAUCAAUACAAAGGGAUCUAUUUGCCUGAUAAUCCCAUUUUGAGAUAAUUUGCAUAAAAUUCUGAGUCUAAUAAAAAAUGCUUGUAACUACCUAGCAAAAAUCAAUCACCAUUCGCUAAUGAUUUAGCCAAUUUAAAUAGCAUCAAAUCUCCUCAAGCAUAUAAAAUGAAUGAGUAUGUAUCUCCAUACAAAGUCUCUUCUCCCAAUCGAAUAAAAUUUAACUAUGAAAAUCAAGACAUUAUAAUUGGAGCUGAUUAAAAGCUAAGGAAAAACCAAAGAGGUAUGCUUCUACAAAGCUCUUAUUUCCCCUUUAUUUAUAAUAUGCCUAUCAAAACCAUAUACACUUAAGAUAAGCUAAAGCAAUACCUAGAGUAAAGCAUGCAAAUAGAUCCAGACAUUAUGAAAGCUAAUGAUAAGCUGAUUCUUCCACUUAGACAUGAUUCUAAUUACUCAAGGAAAUAUUAACUUAUGGGUAAUCUACCUAAUUUAGAAUAGAAUUAAUCAUAUGAUAAGUCCAAAAAAAUAAUCGAGACAAAUGAUUUGUAUAAAGGCCCAACGAACUAACCUGAAAUUUGUCCUAAAAAACUUAAGGAAAUUUUGAGAAAUCAACUGAAAACUAGAACUUCAACUGCGAUGAGACAUUCUCACGAACCUACUAUAGGCAAGCAUUUCAAGCCUGCGAUGAAAACGAGAGGAUAGCUGCUCUACAAAAAUUCAAGACUUAGAAAAUUGAAGUAUCUUCAAUAUGGAGAGUCAUUUAGUUUUAACUAAAGUCCAAAUAAUAGAAAUCAAGCUACUGAGCCAACCAGUCCAAAUCAAUCAAUGCAUGAGGUUUCUAUUAAUAUAAAGCAAGAUGCUCACAACUAGAAAAUAGUUUAUGAUUUCAAAAACGCUUAAUUUUCUACUAAAAUUAAUAGGGAUAGAAUGAGUGCAUUGUAGCAUAGUCGUCUUAAACAUAAAAAUAGUGUUGAUGACUCUCUCAAGAUAAAUUAAAGUGUUAUGAUUUAACCUAAAAUAGACAAUAUACUAAGUGAUUAUGACGAAUAUGAAAAAUAAUAAAUUAGACAGAUUUGCAUUGACUAUAAAAUCAAGCGCCAACUUAAUCUAGAAUCACUAGCUAAUAAACGACUUAAGUUCAAUGUAACAAAAUAUAUAUGA